AUGGACUUCUCAAAUACUUCGAACCUCAACAGUACUGUGAAAUCACAGACUCUUUUCUGCUACGAGUCUUUGAGUGGAUCGUGUGUGAGGAUUGCUCGACCCCUGAGCGUUCAGGUUCCGAUGUUCACAUCGAUGGUGUUAGCCAUACUGGUGACUGUUAUUGGGAACCUUCUGGUCAUCACCUCCAUUGCACACUUCAAGCAGCUCCAAACCUCUGUAAACCAACUGCUCGUUUCCCUGGCUGUGUGUGACCUCCUUCUGGGAGUGUUUGUAAUGCCAUGCAGUGCUGUGCGCUCUGUCCAGGGCUGUUGGUACCUAGGAGGGUUUCUGUGUAAGCUCCACACCAGCACUGAUAUUAUGCUGAGCACAUCCUCCAUCUUCCAUCUAUCCUUCAUCUCCAUUGACCGUUACUUUGCUGUCUGCAGGCCACUGUCGUACAGACUGAUCAUCACCAAUAACACUGUAUUGAUCAUGAUCACCAGCAGUUGGCUGGUCCCUGCCAUUUUUGCUUAUGGAAUGAUCUUCCCUGAGAUCAAUCUGAAAGGCAGGGAGGAUUUCUAUGAAACACAUGUCAAGUGUAUUGGAGGCUGUCAGGUGUUCUUUAGUCCAGUGGCGGCUGUAGUAGUAUCCUCCUUCUGUUUUUACAUCCCAGGCAUGAUCUUGAUUUGUAUAUAUUCCAAGAUAUAUUGGGUUGCCAGGGCUCAGGCCAGGUCCAUUAAAGAUUUAUCUCGUCAGUUUAAAGAGGCAGACUCUGGACGUAGAGAGAGACGAGGGGCAAAUAUUCUUGCAAUAGUAGUGGGAGUGUUUCUAAUCUGCUGGAGUCCCUUUUCCUUGUGCCUCAUCAUUGACCCUUUCAUACAGUACUCCAUCCCCCCGCUGUUGGGGGAUACUUUGGUUUGGUUUGGAUAUUUGAACUCUGCUUUUAACCCUAUUGUCUAUGCUUUCUUUUACACUUGGUUCAGGAGGGCUUUGAGAAUCAUCAUUAGUGGUCACAUCUUUCACAGAGGUUCUUGUAGAUUUAGAUUGUAUUCUGAGUAAAGUUUCAGUUGACAUUGUAUGAUGUGUGUUCAA